ACAUUUUAGAAUUCACAAGAUUUUUUUGAUCAUCAGUAGUCCAACAGGCGUUAUGAAAAGAAAUAAUAAGUGGAAUGCUUUUCCUGUUAAACUCCGUUUUCAACAAUUUUUUUAAAAUGUGCUUACUUUUCUAUUUGAGGAAGCCUGUUUGAUUUUAAAUGCAUUUUCAAUUAACCACAUGUACCUUAUUAAUAAAACAUUACAUGCUCUUUUUUUGUAGCUCUUUUCAGAUGACACGGGCGCCUGACAAUUGCAACUAAAUUAUAACGAUUGAUGCUCUAGAAUCUGCAAACUACUUAUAAUGUUGUACAACGAUACGUUUUUUGUUUUCAAUAUAAAUUUUUUGAACAUAUACCAUAUUUUACGUACGUUACACUUUUCGUGUGCUGUGUUGUGGGAAUUAAGGCGAACACAGAUGUUUGGGGUAAUGAUAAAGGCGCUUUAAAAGUGGGUGCAAAAUUACAUCGGCGUGUAUAUAGGCGAAAAGUAGACAAUUUAGCGACAUUUGAAACACGCGCGUUUCAAAAAGGGCAGUGACUUUCAUACUUGUUGUGAUUAUCGUUGCUUUUGUGUAUUUGCUGUAUCAAAAGCAUUCUUGGUCUACUUUAACUUGAAUUAAUUCAGUUAAGGUUUGAAAUUUUAUUGAAAACUUUGUCUCGUGGUUCCUUCUUUUGUAUAUACUCUGACGCUUGUGCUAUUAUUGUGAUCAUAUUGUUUUUUAAACCUAAUCUGAUUACAAUGGUUGGUAGUUCAUUCAAAUGUGAACAGCCGAACUGUUUAUUCCCCGUAGAUGAAGGGAUGCAGUGCGAUGAAUGCAAAAAAUGGUACCACAAGAUGUGUACCCGUCUCAGUCCAGCUGCAUACAAAAGAUGUUCUAAGCCUAACUCGCAUUGGCUUUGUAUGUUCUGCUGUACUAACAAGACGACAUUAAUUCAAGAGGCUAUGAGCCUAUUGGCUCUAGCCUGUAAAAAGAAAGAUAGUGGGUGCGCUAGUAACGCAAGCACUGACAGUGAAGACUGUGUCAGUGUUGUAAGUGCUGUUACAAAACGCGCUGAACAACCUACUCUAAUUAAUGACAAAGUGAAACUUCCGUUACAACAAACGAGGAGUAAAUCACCACAUGGUAUUGACAUGAGUAAUCAUGUAUCUUUAGUAGAAAUUGAGGACCCGGAUAAAACCGUCACCGUCCCCAAUAGUCCCAAUGCAGCUGUCCUGAAUGACCAAAAAUGGACCGCAGUAAAGAGGAAAAAAAAGGAAAAAAAGCUAAUGAUAAAGCACACUUGGUUGACAAGCCAUUGAGGAACUCACAGUCUGAGUCACUCAAUGCAUUGUCGCACUCUGAUAGAACGGCAGAUCAUCAUCCUAGUGCGACUGAGAGGAAUUUAAUAUCAUCGAAUAUUAUUGUGAGUAAAUUGCCAGAGUCUAACGAUCCAGAUCCUAAGGUUAGACACACCCAUGACUUAGAGAGGCUCGGAGAAUAUAUCCGUAGCAUAUUACCAGAUAACACUAAAGGUGUUCAGGUCAAAAAAUUAGUUAGAAUAGGUAAAAGGGCCGAUGACAGUGUUCUACCCCGACCGUGUAGACUCCUUAAGGUAAUCUUAGGGUCGGAGAAACAACGUAAUCUUCUGUUAAGUAACGCUCGAAGUCACGACAACUCUGACAUUCGAAUGCGACCGGAUGUGUCUCUUGAAGAUAGAAUAAAAAGGAAGACGGCACUAGCUGAACUAGAAACCCGUCGACAAAACGGUGAAGAAAAUCUCCAAUUGGUGGGUUUUCGAAUAGUCAGGUCUUGGAAGCGAAUGCUACCAAGGCCUGUGUGGAUAGGUCGUUCCCCCUAGGAGUUUUAUAUGCCAACGCCCGUAGUCUAAAACAUAAAUUCUACGAGCUGGGAACAUUAGUGGACAAAUUAAGGCCACUCAUUGUAGCUGUGACGGAAACUUGGUUAGUCCAUGACUUCGAUAUCACCCCAGAAUUAUCCGGAUAUCAUUGUUUAAGAAGUGAUAGACAUAGAUGCAGGAAAGGAGGUGGCGUCCUUCUAUACAUAGCCAAUAGUUUAAAAUAUCCGCUCCUCCGUUUGCGAAUCCCAUGAUAGUGGAACUAGUGAAGUCACUAGCUGUGAACUCACUGUCGGAUGUUGUACAUUUGCACUCGGUGUCAUCUAUCGCAGCCCAAUCUGCUUAGCUGAUGACUUUAUUUUAGAGCACAUUCGGCUAUGGAGUGCAAAUAACAGAUGCUUGAUAUUAGGAGACUUUAAUGCACCUGACAUUAGUUGGGCUGAGAUGACCACGAAAUGCUCUAUGAACUAAUUUGAUAGCAGGCUCUUGGAAACAGUAAUGGAACAUGCAUUAGUACAACAUGUAUCCAAACCUACACGUUUUGGUGUAAACCAAGGUUCUUCUCUGUUGGACUUGGUAAUUACCCAUGAGACUGAGGAUAUUGCCAACCUAAAUAUUCUUCCCCCGUUAGUAAAUAGCGAUCACGCUGUUUUAUCAUUCACGUUUAGAGCUAGCGAUAUGAUAUACGAUCAGAUUAAGCCUCGCCCAAACAUAUGGAGAGCUAACAUACCAGAAAUUCAGGAUUGUGCUACUAGGAUAGAUUGGUCAGUAGAUACUAGCUCAUCAGUUGAUGAGGCGUGGUCUGUAUUUAAAGGCAAGUUUAGUGCAGUCACGUCCCCGUUUAUACCAUACUUGGUGCCACGUAGACCGAACAAUAGUCCACCGUGGAUAAAUAAAGAAGUUAAGAAACUCCUUAGGCGUAGAAAAAAACACUGGAACAUGUUCAUCUCUACUGGCUUAGAACGGUACAGAUCUAGUUAUCGUAAGAUUAGAAAUAAUUGUAAAGCGUUAAUUAGUAGGACUAGACGGUCAUACGAAAAACAAUUGGUUAGGGAUUGCAAACAUAGUCCAAAACGGUUAUACUCGUAUAUAAAGAGGCGAACUCAGAGAAGUGAUGGAAUGCCAUCACUUUUGAUACAAGAAAAUUCGUUAAUUUUAGCAAGAAAUGAUACCGAAAAAGCGGAAGCUUUUUCGGAAUAUUUCAGUAAAGUUUUUUCUACCAAUAAUGAGGAACGAUCAUCUAUUCAUUGUGAGUGUGGCGACUUGUUGAUGGACCCUGUAGUUAUUAAGAAAGAAACUGUUUUAAGCCUACUUCAGCAUCUCAAACCUGAUAAGUCUAGUGGUCCUGAUGAUAUUUAUCCUCGGAUUAUGAAAGCCCUCUCAGAUGUUAUUGCUGAACCCUUAGCGAUGCUGUUCGAUAUGUCCCUACGGCAGUCCAGAUUGCCCAGAGACUGGAAGGACGCAAUAAUCAGUCCGGUGUAUAAGACUGGGGGUAGGGAUUUAGUUAGUAACUAUCGACCCGUCAGCUUAACUAGUGCAGUUGUAAAACUAAUGGAAAAAAUUAUUAGGAUGGCUGUUAUAAACUACGUGGAAAGACAUGAUCUUUUGUCAAAGGAACAACAUGGUUUUCGAAAAGGUCUAUCAUGUUUGACAAAUCUUCUCAUUGCAAGAGAAGAUUGGGCUGAGGCAAAAGAUCGCAAUAUUCCUGUAGAUGUCAUUUUCAUAGAUCUAAGUAAAGCCUUUGAUAAGGUUUCCCAUUCUGGUCUUAAAUUGAAACUAGAAAGUUUUGGAAUUCAUUAUGCAGUCAUAGACUGGCUAAGUGACUUUCUUCAUGAAAGGAGACAACGGGUAAGAGUAAAUGGGGCUCUCUCAUCGUGGGAACCAGUAAAAAGUGGCGUCCCCCAAGGCACGAUUUUAGGUCCUCUUCUCUUUUUACUUUAUAUAAAUGAAUUACCAGCUAUAGCUAAGUCAUCCGUCCUACUAUUCGCCGAUGACAUUAAGAUUUGGAGACCCAUAUAUAGUAUGUCAGACAGAAUAGUUUUACAGGAAGAUCUUAACUCACUAGUUGCAUGGAUGAAUAGGUGGUCACUAGAAGUAAACCCUAAUAAAAGUGUUGUGAUGCAAUUAAAUAACUACGAUGAUUCGUAUCACUACACAAUAUGUGGACUAGUGUUGCCCAAAGUAAGAAACUAUAAAGAUUUAGGAGUCAUACUAAGUAAUGAUCUCAAAACAACCAGUCACUGUAAGGCUGCAGCUGCAAAGGGCUAUAGGGCAUUAUGGUCUAUUCGUAGAUCUUUCCAGUAUCUGGAUGGAGAAAUGUUUAGAUUAUUAUACCCAACUUUCGUACGGCCACAUUUGGAAUAUGGGAUUCAAGCAGCGAGUCCUUGUUUCAAAUAUGAGGCGGAUAUGUUGGAACGAGUCCAACGCCGCGGGACAAAAAUGGUAAAAGGCUUAUCUAGCCUAUCUUAUGAAGACAGACUGAGACACCUCAACUUAUUUCCGUUAUCUUACCGGCGAAUACGGGGUGAUCUAAUAUUGGCAUAUCGUAUCCUGAACGAUGACCUUGGUACUAACAUGUCCUAUCUUUUCCUCCCGUCUAGGGCUGAGCAUUUGAGAGGACAUUCAAAGAAAGUCCAAAAACCGAGAUCAAAUCGUCUACGUCUGGAGUUUCGUUUGUCGCACCGAGUAGUGAAUUACUGGAAUUCUCUACCAGAACACGUAAUAUCAGCACCUUCUGUUGAUAUAUUCAAGAAGAGAUUGGACCUCCACAGUGUAACAAACUGCAAGGAUUAAAAUAGGUCACUAGACCUCCUAUCCUUAUUACUGAAGACUGAGCGACAUAAAUAGGAAAUUCCGUUUUAUUCCCCCCAUUCAGGCGAAAAAGCAGACAUUUUGGCGCAUUUCAGCAUUAUUUCCCUCUUAAUUUUCAACGCAUUUUCCCCCUUAUUGGUUGUUUGAGAAAUGGUUAGUGAUCGGUCAAGUUGACCGUAUCGCCUUACCAAAGCAAGCUGUAUUAGUUCCAUCAGAGGACAAAUUCAAAGAGAAGUCUCAUUCUGGAUGAAAAAUAAGCUGCAAAGAUUAACAGAUCAACCGACCUACAAUCCUUUAUAAUGAACGCUGAUUCACAAUUAUAUGUCAGUUAAACCGAAAAAUCUUUUACAUAGACUCAUUGGAAAAAGGAUUUUUGUAUUUAAGUGUUUAUUAGACGAAUUAGAUUUUCAGACUUAUUUAGUGUACAACUUUGUCAUUAAAAUAAAAGGUUGGGGUCAGCUAACCUUGAAUUUAAUU